AUGCCAGCUGACGACGUAACACCACUUUUGCCAAAACCAUCGAUAGUUUUGGAUGUUGUCCCCGCCACAAUUCGUGUUCCUAGCUUCAGUCAAGACAGGCCGGGACUCUGGUUCGCGCAAUUAGAAUCCCAGUUCUGGAAUCAUAACAUCGAAAAUGAGGUCGACAAAUUCCACCACACGAUUCCGCUAAUUGACAUACGCAUAGCUGCCGACGCAGAGGAUAUUAUUUUCAAUCCACCUGCACAAAGUCCCUACCAAAAAUUAAAGACAGCGUUGGUUGGUUGUUAUUCCAAAUCGAGAGAGGUAAAACUCCUUCAGCUGCUGGACGGUGAGUGUCUCGGUGAUAAGACACCCUAUCAACAUCUUCGACUCCCGCGUAGUCUAGUUUCAGUCAUUAAUGAGGAAGUACUAAGAGCAAGGUGGCUCUCACACAUGCCCGACCAAAUGCGUGCAUGUUUAGUUGCACAACGGUCAGCCGAGCUACAAGAAUUGGCUACUAAAAUCCAACUCCUUUGA